UUCUUUAUUUGGUCCUUCUCCCUCACUCAUGAUCUUGCGAUCUACUAAAACCAAGCAGUCGGCUAAAAGUGCUAAAAUGACGCGCUCGGAAACGGGUACCCCUGCCACGGGUAGGCUCGGCCAGUCCAAAAAGUUGGACCACGGUGCGGCCGACGCCACCGUACCACCCGCGGCUUCCGACCCGCAAAUCCCCGGGACGUCUCGCGAGUGCCUCACAACCGGCACCAGCGCCGAACAAGUUAAUGUUCCCCUCAGUUGCAGGUCUCGCGCUUCGGGCUCUACGCGAUCAUCGGCCACGAUCAGGGCACGACGAUUGACCGCGGAGGCCCACUUGGCCCGCAAAAGCAUAGAAAGAGAACAAGAGCUCUUUCAACGCGAGCGCGAAAGCCUCGACAACCAACGGAAACUCCUUGAGCAGGUUAAACAGGUAGAACAGCUUGAACUUGAAGCGAAAAUAGCCGCCUUAGAAGCCGAGGAGCGAUCCAAUCACACGAAAAUACGGCGCGUCUACAUAACGCACUCCGCGGGCCCGCCCGGGAGGCCGUCGCCUCUUUACUCAAUACCGCGGCAGCUUCCGAAGACAUAAUGGCAGCACUCGAACGUACAUUUGCUUGUCCCGAAAUGAUUGUCUUCGGCGAAGUUCAGAUUUUGAAAACGCUGCCUCGGCUCGGGCCUGACCUAAAGGAGAUAGGUAUUUUCGCUAAUAAGGUACGCAAUUCUUUGUCUACUAUGAAAUUACUCGGCCUACGAGAAUAUUUACAAUCGCCGGAGCUGUUUCAUAAUAUUCUAGGUAAAUUUAACCCUUUAAUGAAAAUGAGAUGGUCUGAUUAUGCGUCAGAUUUGUCAGAAACGUCAAACCAUCUCAAGUCAAAGUUAGAACUUUUAUCUGAUUUUCUAACGCGCGAACACGAACGCUAUAUUAAAUUCGCUUUAUCACCAGAAGUAGGGCUUUCUACGUCUAUACCGCAACAAUCACGAGUACAUUUUCCAAUGAAUAAACCAUUUAAACGUGAAAAUAUACAUGCCGU